AAGGAAUUAUACAGUAUAUAAAACAGCAAAACUAUACAUUAAAGACAAGCAGCAGGCAAAAUGGUUACGAAAGCUGGGUAAUCGACACUUUAGGUCCACUAGAAUUCAUUUUAAAUACUCCAAGUCACCACAGGGUUCACCAUGGCAGGAACCCCUACUGCAUUGAUAAAAAUUAUGGAGGAACACUCAUCAUAUGGGACAGAAUUUUCAAUACAUUUGAAGCAGAGGGAGAAAAGGUUAUUUAUGGCCUUGUGCAUCCAAACCAAUUCUGGAAUCCUUUAUAUGGCCAGUUCUGCUACUACCUGUACAUCUUUGGGUUAGUGAGAAGUUACAAGGGGCUGGAGAAUAAACUGUCGGCUGUUGUGAAAGGACCUGGCUGGGAACCUGGCAAACCAUGGACAGGGUUGUUGGAAGAUAUACCAGAGGUGGAGCAGCCAGUAAGAAAAUACAACAGUGACCUACCAUUCUGGGCCAGUUUGUACGUCCUGUGCCAUUUUCUGUUGAUAAUAGUUUGUUAUGGUAUGUUGGUCCCAUAUAAAAAGCAACUGACACCUACUUCAGGUAUUGGAUGUGUGAUUUACUUUGUCUACUCCCUCACAGUUUUUGGAGCACUGUUUGAAAACAGAAAGUACAGUCCCUUGCUGGAGGUUAUGAGAUGUCUACUGUUCUUGAUGAUUCACUUUUGCAUCAGAGGACACUUUGUAUUUGAGUUUUCAGUUGCCUCAAUUCUUGACAUAAUUUUUAUUUUAUCGGCCCUACUGUGGAGUUUUCUGACCUUACUGAAAUAUGACUUUGGACAUAUUACAAAAAAGCAGGUAUAA